UAUGGUGUAUAUCUAUGUAGCCAGUGUGUAAGUCGUGGUUCAUCGUUUACAACACGGGCGCGCCACAUGUUAUACAGGAUGAUUUUGGGCCAUAUAGGCAUAUUACAUAUUUAAUACCAUUUGCAGUAUUUAUUUACAAGAUGGUGGCCUUUGACCCUGCUAAGCUCCAGGUCAAGAACAAGAUGCCUGCGGCGGUACAGAUUACCGCGGAGCAGAUCUUGCGUGACGCUGUUGAGUGGCAGAGUCGUGAGAACAAGCAGGUUAAUCGUACUUUUGUUGACCAGGAUGAGCUAGUCUAUUACAAGGCACAACGUCGCAAGGAAUUCGAAGACAAGUUAAGGCGGCAGCGCCAUCACAUGGGUACUUGGAUUAAGUAUGCACUGUGGGAAGCCAAUCAGCAGGAUUUUCGCAGGGCUCGCUCUGUAUUCGAGCGUGCUCUGCAAGUAGAUCCAAAUAAUGUUAACCUGUGGCUGCGCUACAUCGAGACUGAGAUGAAGAACAAGAAUGUGAAUGCCGCUAGAAAUUUAUUUGAUAGGGUAGUUUCACUUUUACCGCGUGUUGAUCAGUUUUGGUUCAAGUAUGCUCAUUUUGAGGAGCUGUUAGGUAACUACGCUGGCGCGCGUACUGUUUUCGAGCGCUGGAUGGAAUGGAAUCCCGAUGAUCGCAGUUGGAUGCUAUAUAUCAAGUUUGAGGAGCGUUGCGGCGAGCUGGAUCGAUGUCGUCAAAUAUUCGAGCGCUUUUUGGAGAGUCGGCCUUCCUGCGCAUCAUUCCUGAAGUUUGCCAAAUUUGAGCAGCGCCAGAAGAAUUACCCACUAGCUCGCGCGGCUUAUGUCAAAUGCCUUGAGAUUAUCCCGCCGGAGCUUUUGACGGAGGAAUUCUUCCUCAAGUUCGCUGCGUUUGAGACCCAGCAGGGGAACUUAUCAGGUGCCGAGAAGGUAUAUGAGCAGGGUCUAGGGAUAUUACCCCGUGAGAGCUCUGAGCAAUUAUACCGGUCCUUUGUGUCUUUCCAGAAGCAACAUCGUGAUCGUGAGACGAUUGACAACCUGGUGGUGACCAAGCGGCGUAACGAGUAUGAGGAGCAGCUUAUUGACUCGCCGUGCAACUAUGACAUUUGGUUUGACUACAUUCGCAUGGAGGAGCAGCAGCUGGGUCCCCAUGCUACAUCGCUCCCUGACGACUCACAUACUGAUGCGCAGCGCGCUCGUGUUUGCGAGCUUUAUGAGCGUGCUAUAUCUAACCUUCCACAGGUAGAUGACCGACGCCUAUGGCGUCGCUAUUCAUAUCUCUGGGUUGGAUACGCCAUCUUCUCGGAACUUACCCUGCAACAGCUGGAUCGUGCUGUUGCGGUAUAUCGCAAGGCGCUUCAGGUACUCCCCAAGGACUUCGCUAAGUUCUACAUACUACUUGCUGAGCUCUAUCUACGUCAAGGUGAUUUAGAUUCAAUGCGUAAAACGUUUGGCCUCGGUUUAGGUCAAUGCAAGAAGCCGAAGUUAUUCGAGACAUACGCGCAAAUAGAGCUUAAGCUUGGUAACCUGGACCGCUGUAGGCAUAUCCACGCGAAGUACAUAGAGACAUGGCCAUUUAAACCCGAGAGUUGGCUUUCAUUCAUAGAAUUGGAGUUAAUGCUAAACGAGCGUAAGCGCGUCCGUGGCCUCUGCGAGGCCGCCAUAGCCAUGGACCAGAUGGACAUGCCGGAGACUGUAUGGAACCGAUAUAUCGAGAUAGAGCGGGAAUGGCAGCAGUAUGCCCAUGUGCGCAAUAUAUACGAGCGUUUGCUGUUAAAGACAACGCACAUAAAAGUGUUUCUAUCAUAUUGUGAAUUUGAGUUUACAUCGGGAUUCCCCGAUAAUGCCAGGGCUAUUGCCGAACGUGCCCUGGAGUAUUACAAGGCAUCCAACCACCAGGUUGAGCGUGCCGGUAUGUUAGCACACCUAUUGAAAUUCGAGCGCACGUACGGCAAUGAUGAAACUAUUUCUAAAACUAAGGACCGCCAGCCCAAGAAGGUACGCCGCAAGCGCAAGAUGGCGGACGGUACUGUUACUGAGGAUAUAGUCUACAUCUUCCCCGAGGACGGGGUACAGCAGAACAAGCUUCUUCAGGCUGCCAUGCGUUGGAAGAGCCAGGCCAAUGUGACAUAAUGCGAUAAUUUAUUU